GGGAACGGUGUUCCUGUGGAGCGACACAGGGCCUGCCUUGUGGCUCUGUGGGACCCAGUCCCCGCGCCUGGACUCAUUCCACGAGCAGACGUGAGAAGUGUGCUAGUGAGCAGGAGUGCGGUAGAAGCGGCGGCAUUACGGGGCCUGGCGUGCCGGUGGGGCAACUGAGGCAGCUGCGGCCAGAGGGCCCAGAGCCCACCGCGGCAGGAGGCUCUGCUCACUGACCCGAGGGCUCCCAAGCUCCGCACGCGGGGAGGUACCGGGCCGUCAACUCCACCCCUUGCUCGAGGCCCCGCCCAGUUGAGCGAGGCCUCGCCCCGCCCCGCGGGGGCGGCCCAAGUCGAGUAUCUAAGUACCCGAACCGGGUCUUUUGGGAAACCCUGAAGCGCUGAGGCUUCUGGGGAAUCGUCUCCGCUGGGCACCUCGGCCCGGUUUGCGCAUGAGCAACACUCCGCCUUGUCGCUAGGGGCGGGAUCUGAACGAGCGAUGGGCGGGGCCUCAGACGCCUGCGCAGUGGGUCCCCGUCCUCUGCCUCCGAAGCCGGGGUUCCCAGACUCAGUUGGCUGCACUUUCUAGAUGCUCAGAACUCCUGUCCAGACUGGUCUGGCUGCCUCACGCCGACCACCCCAUCACCCUGGUCAGCGGACCACCUCCCAUUUGGUCCCUGGUGUUUCCCCGGCGUGAGUUCUGCAGGUGUAGGGUUCAGGGGAGCCCACCAGUGCCAAGCCGGGCCCCUAGGGCUUGCAUCCAUUGUCACCCCCACCCCCACGACCCUGCGUGACCGCUAAAGACCUGGGAGCUGAAGCUGUGGAGGCGGGAAGGGGCCAGGGCCAGAGAUGGGGCGCUGGGGACAGGUUGACCCAGCCCACCAACUGGAGGGAAAGUGCAGUUUCAGAAGUGAGCAGAAAACAAUGUCACUUGUGUCUGAAGUCUCUGUGGCCAACUGUAAGAUAAAUAAGGUUUACCUACCAAGGUGUGUCAAACGUUUUUUAUUAAUUAGAAAAGUGGAAAAUCCCCAAGUAGCUGAUGUAGGCAGGGAGGAACUCUGCCCCAGUAGGGGCAUUGAGGAAUUCCCCAGACCACCUGUAGGCCCUAGGAUCUGAGGACCUGAUGCCACUUCCUUGCUGGGGCCAUGACCCCAGGUCUUCAUGGUGAACCAUCCAGGGUGCAGAGCAUGCUCUGGAUGCAUCCUGCCUGAGUCACUCCAGGUUGGCGGUGCCCCUCAGAGCACAAACGGUGGCCGCACCUAUCUGAGAAUGCGGGGUGGGCAGGCUGCUGUGCUCCAGUUGCUGGGGCCUCUUGGGAUCUUGGGAGCCCCAUCUUUGAGCUCCACCCCAGGGCCCCGCCCCUCCCCAGGAGGGAAAAGGGAGCUGCCAGACUGCACUCACAGGCUCUGGGAGGACCGAGAGGACAGACUGCCACCACUGCCCCUGCAGCCUGUGCCAUGGAUCCUCAUGAGAUGGUUGUCAAGAACCCAUAUGCCCACAUCAGCAUCCCCCGGGCUCACCUGCGGCCUGACCUGGGGCAGCAAUUAGAGGAGGGUCCCUCGUUCACAUCCUCAGAGAUGCAGCCUCUGCCAGAGGUGACCUGCACCCCAGAACCAGCCUGUCUCCUGCAACCCACCAAGGGCCCAGGGCCCAAAGGGGCCAAGGGAGCUGCUCCAGACCAGAGCCAGCAGGCCUGGAAGCAGCCCUGCAACCCCUAUGGCAGUGGGCAGCGCCCGGGAGGACUAACCUAUGCUGGCCUGCCACCCGUGGGGCGAGGAGAUGACAUCGCCCACCACUGCUGCUGCUGCCCCUGCUGCUCCUGCUGCCACUGCCCACGCUUCUGCCGCUGUCACAGCUGCUGCUGCGUGGUCUCAUAGCCCACAAAAGGCUGCGGGCCUAGGCCUUUGCUCAGCAGCCAAGGCAGCGCUGGACAUUAGGGGCAGCCAUUGUCAUGAGCAUCAGCCACUUCCUGCCUCUGGACCUUGGGCACUUGGGACCAGGAAGACUACUGGCUCAGCCUGGGCCCUUCAAACAAAGUCCUGGAAACUGGUCAUGUUGAUGGUGACAGGGACACUCCUUACACUUCCUGCAAGGCCCUGGCAAUAAAGCAG